GCCAUUGACAAGCGGUCAGGGGAGAAGGUGGCCAUCAAGAAGCUGAGCCGGCCCUUCCAGUCUGAGAUCUUCGCCAAGCGGGCCUAUCGAGAGCUGCUGCUGCUGAAACACAUGCAGCAUGAGAACGUCAUCGGGCUCCUGGAUGUCUUCACCCCAGCCUCCUCCCUGCGCAACUUCCAUGACUUCUACCUGGUGAUGCCCUUCAUGCAGACGGAUCUGCAGAAGAUCAUGGGGAUGGAGUUCAGUGAGGACAAGAUCCAGUACCUGGUGUAUCAGAUGCUUAAAGGUCUCAAGUACAUCCACUCAGCCGGGGUCGUCCACAGGGACCUAAAGCCGGGCAACCUGGCCGUGAAUGAGGACUGUGACCUGAAGAUCCUGGAUUUUGGGCUGGCACGGCAUGCGGAUGCUGAGAUGACCGGCUACGUGGUGACCCGCUGGUACCGGGCCCCCGAGGUGAUCCUCAGCUGGAUGCACUACAACCAGACUGUGGACAUCUGGUCUGUUGGCUGCAUCAUGGCGGAGAUGCUGACGGGGAAAACUCUUUUCAAGGGAAAAGAUUAUCUGGACCAGCUGACCCAGAUCCUGAAAGUGACCGGGGUGCCGGGCACAGAGUUUGUGCAGAAGCUGAACGACAAAGCGGCCAAAUCCUAUAUUCAGUCCCUGCCACAGAGCCCUAAGAAGGAUUUCACUCAGCUCUUCCCACGUGCCAGCCCCCAGGCUGCAGAUCUGCUGGAGAAGAUGCUGGAGCUGGACGUGGACAAGCGCCUGACAGCCUCGCAGGCCCUCGCCCACCCCUUCUUUGAACCCUUCCGGGACCCUGAGGAGGAGACAGAGGCCCAGCAGCCAUUCGAUGAUUCCUUAGAACACGAGAAACUAACAGUGGACGAAUGGAGGCGUAAGAGCGGGGGUCUUGGCUCCUUCCUCUCUCUGCCUGCCCCCUCUCUUCUUUGCCGCUUUUGUCUUCACACCUCCCCUCAACCAGCCCCACCUGCCACCUGGAGACUCCUGUUCCCUUCUCCCCAAGUGGAUAUUAUCUCCUGUGUGUUUUUUCCUCCUUGAACUGACUUCCUACUCCACACUAUGUCUGAAGGGGAAGGGGGAGGGUGCUCUGUCUUGCCCUCAGCACCCCCUUGCCACCUUAAACCAUCCUGCCUUUCUUAGAGCACAUCUACAAGGAGAUUGUGAACUUCAGCCCCAUUGCCCGGAAGGACUCACGACGCCAGAGUGGCAUGAAGUUGUAGUGACUCUUCC